UACUCUUUGGUACCUUCCUGAAGUACCAAAAGUACAGUAUCUGGUGCAGUGCAUAAGUGCCCUUUAGUUGAGUGAUCAAUUGGACAGUUUUACAGAACUCCAUUUUGUACAUGCAGUACAUUGAUUAAAAAAAAAAAAAAAAAAUUAUAAACGAGAUGCACACUAUUCCCUGUGGCUGUGUUGUAUGAAGGCAGCCGAUGCUGCCUAAUGGUGCUGGAGUGCGCCAACAACACGGCAAAAAAUCGUGUGCACCUUUUAGGGGUUUUGUGGGCUCGAUUUGGUUUUUUGUGUGCAUGUUGUACUCAUGCAAACGAUUUCGUUUAUCAUACAGGUUUCGGAAGGUGAAUGGCUAGAGUAUGAACAAAAUUACAAAAAUAAGCUUGUCUUAAACUGUCCAUGGCCCCUCCAGGGUUCUGUACUGUCACUGUCACGAUCAGUGCAGGACCUUGCGGCGAUCGUGUGGGCAGGCGGGUAAGAACAGGCUGACAGGCGAAGAUCAGGGCAAACUACGGGGUUUAUUGUGGGAAGAGGGACUGGAGACAUUCAACCACACCAUAACCACAAUGAUGGAUGGGGGAAGCAGAGAUGACCAUGGCUUCAGCCCCCUGCACUGGGCGUGCCGUGAGGGCCGCUCCAACGUGGUGGACAUGCUCAUCAUGCGGGGGGCCCGCAUCAACGUCAUGAACCGAGGUGACGACACGCCCCUGCACCUGGCCGCCAGCCACGGGCACCGCGACAUCGUCACCAAGCUAAUCCAGUGCAAGGCAGAUACCAAUGCAGCCAACGAGCAUGGCAACACCCCACUGCACUACGCCUGCUUCUGGGGACAGGACAUGGUGGCUGAGGAUUUGGUGGCUAACGGUGCCCAAGUGAGUAUAUGUAAUAAAUACGGAGAGACGCCUUUGGACAAGGCUAAGCCCCACCUUCAGGACAUUCUGAAAGAGCGUGCAGAGAAGCUCGGACAAAACUUGAAUAAGAUCCCCUAUAAGGACACCUUCUGGAAAGGCACCACUCGAACUCGGCCCCGUAAUGGCACUCUAAACAAACAUGCUGGGAUUGACUUCAAACAGCUGUCCCUUCUCACCAAGAUUAACGAGAAUCACUCUGGAGAGCUGUGGCAUGGGCGUUGGCAAGGAAACGAGAUUGUGGUUAAGGUGCUUAAGGUUCGAGACUGGACCACCAGGAAGAGCCGUGACUUUAAUGAAGAAUAUCCAAAACUGAGGAUAUUCUCCCACCCAAAUGUGCUGCCCAUGCUGGGGGCAUGUCAGUCGCCUCCUGCCCCCCACCCCAUUAUCAUCACACACUGGAUGCCCUAUGGCUCUCUCUACAAUGUGCUUCACGAGGGCACCAAUUUUGUUGUGGAUCAGAUGCAGGCCGUCAAGUUCGCGCUAGACAUCGCCUGUGGGAUGGCCUUCCUGCACACGCUGGAGCCCAUGAUCCCUCGCCACUAUCUCAACAGCAAGGGCGUCAUGAUUGAUGAGGACAUGACAGCCAGGAUAAGCAUGGCAGACGUGAAGUUCUCCUUUCAGUGUCCGGGCAGAAUGUACUCGCCUGCUUGGAUGGCACCUGAAGCCUUGCAGAAGAAGCCAGAGGAGAUCAACCGGCGCUCUGCAGACAUGUGGAGCUUUGCAGUGCUGCUGUGGGAGCUGGUGACUCGGGAGGUGCCCUUCGCUGAUCUCUCCAACAUGGAGAUUGGAAUGAAGGUCGCUCUGGAGGGCCUCCGACCCACAAUCCCGCCUGGAAUCUCGCCCCACAUCUGCAAACUCAUGAGGAUCUGUAUGAACGAGGACCCAGCCAAGAGGCCCAAAUUUGACAUGAUCGUGCCCAUCCUGGAGAAAAUGCAGGACAAGUAACCUACCGCCCAUCCCCCGUCACCCCCCAGUGCCCCAGUGGACAUGUCGCACACCAGUAUUGCCUUAAGCAUCUCCUCUCACCUGUUACUUCUGCUAUCGACACCACUAUCUAUUGUAAACUUCUGAAAAUCGCAACUCUGUCUCAUGCUAACAGUAUAUAUAUAUAUAUUUUUUAACUUUUUGUUUUACUUGCCAAUCCUUUAUUAGCCCUUCUUAGUGGGCAUUGAGAAGAGCUUCUCCUCACAGUAAGGUUUUAAUGAUGUGGACUUCUUGCUGUUUUAUGCCUUGCUGUCUGACUGAAUGGAGGCUUUGAGACUGUGACAUUUUGCCUGUCCCUGAUGGUCACCUUCCUCUGAAAGGAUAAGGGACAUUUUAGGGCUCACGGGCUGCAGCUCACAUACUGUAAAGAAACUUUUAUUACUGUUAAAAUGAGCUGAUACAUGAGUAAAUUGCCUCAUGGGUGACUAAGCUUUGGGGCCUCUUGUUUGUCUCGCAGAGAAGCUCAAGUUGCUUUCCAGCCAUCAUGUGCCCUACCUCCAACUUUCAGGAAGUGACUUUUUUAAGGUAUUCUUUAGGGGGUGAUGUAUUCAGUACUAAAUCACUGUAACGUCCUGUUUGCAUUCUCAAACUGUAUGGCUCCUCUUUGGCCACAGGGGUUGUGUGUAUCUUUGGGCCUGUCAGAACUGUCUGAAAUUAAAUGAUUCUCCUUCCUAAACCUUACAGACUGUACCGUAUCUGCUAUCCUGCCGUGAGAUGCACUCUUUUGUGUAAUAUUUCAAGGAUUUGUUUUAUAUAUGUUCAGGAGAGUAAUUCCAAAAUCAUUCUGCAGAUACAAGGGUUCAUGAAGAAUAUUGAAUGGGAAUGUGGGCCUGAGACAGCAAUGUUUCUUUCUUUGUUUGAUACCCCUAUUUUUUCUGUUGUCCAGUGUUUUAUGCGGUUGUACACUGUCACAGCAGCUUCUUGUCCUGAAAGGUCAAAAACCAAAACAAAGCAUGUCUUGUAUGUAAUUUAUAUAUAACAUUAAAAAGAGACAUUA